GCAAGCCAUGUCCUCCCCCUUCCCCUCCACAAAACCUUCUCUGGCUUCCUGACCUCAGGGAGACUGCAGCCCGCCUGCGGCUGCGAAGCUGGGGAAAACAGGAAGAAAGAGCCGGGGGACCCCUGGCUGAAACAAGCCAGCAGAAUAAGCAACCAUGGCUGAAGAAUUGGAUAUCAGAGUAAUGUCUGACCACUGGAAACACCAAAUUUCUUUUUUCAGUCACUUCCAAGACUGCCGGUCACAAUUCACUAGGUAGGAAGGUCAUCAGCUGGGAAGAACCGGCGCCGGGGGGGACCUGGCUGGAUAGCAUGGGGGAUCCGAGUCGGUCCCCUAGUCCCCGGUCCCCCCAUGGCAGUCCCCCAACUCUAAGCACUCUCACUCUCCUGCUGCUCCUCUGUGGACAUGCUCACUCUCAGUGCAAGAUCCUCCGCUGCAAUGCCGAGUACGUGUCGUCUACCCUGAGCCUCAGAGGAGGGGGUUCGCCGGGAGCUCCGCGGAGAGCCGGCGCGGGCCGGGGCGGCGGGCCGGGCUCGGGCGGCCUCUGCCGAGCCCUGCGCUCCUACGCGCUCUGCACGCGGCGCACCGCCCGCACGUGCCGCGGGGACCUGGCCUUCCACUCGGCGGUGCACGGCAUCGAGGACCUGAUGAUCCAGCACAACUGCUCCCGCCAGGGCCCCACGGCCCCGCCCCCGCCCCGGGGUCCCGCCCUGCCGGGCGCCGGCCCCGACCCCUGCGACUACGAAGGCCGCUUCUCACGGCUGCACGGGCGUUCCCCGGGCUUUCUGCACUGCGCCUCCUUCGGGGACCCCCAUGUGCGCAGCUUCCACCACCACUUUCACACGUGCCGCGUCCAAGGAGCUUGGCCCCUGCUGGAUAACGACUUCCUUUUUGUCCAGGCCACCAGCUCCCCCGUGGCAUCGGGGGCCAACGCUACCACCACACGGAAGCUCACCGUCAUAUUUAAGAACAUGCAGGAAUGCAUUGAUCAGAAGGUCUACCAGGCUGAGGUGGACAAUCUUCCUGCAGCCUUUGAAGACGGUUCUAUCAAUGGAGGUGACCGACCUGGAGGCUCAAGUUUGUCCAUUAAAACUGCUAACCCUGGGAGCCAUGUGGAGAUCCGAGCUGCCUACAUUGGCACAACCAUAGUCAUUCGGCAGACAGCUGGGCAGCUCUCCUUCUCCAUCAAAGUGGCAGAGGAUGUGGCCAGGGCCUUCUCAGCUGAGCAGGACCUGCAGCUCUGUGUUGGGGGGUGCCCCCCAAGUCAGCGACUGUCUCGCUCGGAGCGCAAUCGUCGGGGAGCUAUAACCCUAGAUACUGCCAGACAGCUGUGCAAGGAAGGGCUUCCAGUUGAAGACGCGUACUUCCAGUCCUGUGUCUUUGAUGUUUCAAUCUCUGGUGACCCCAACUUUACCACAGCGGCUCAGGCAGCUCUGGAGGAUGCCCGAGCCUUCCUGCCAGACUUAGAGAAGCUGCACCUCUUCCCCUCAGAUGCAGGGACUCCUCUCUCCCCAGCAACCUUCCCAGGCCCACUUCUUUCAGGGCUAUUUGUUCUGUGGCUUUGCAUUCAGUAAGUAGACCAGCAGUCUCCUGACCAAUUUGGAAAUGACUGGGGACAAAGGUUGGCGUGAAAGAAUACACAGAGCUGCUAAGAAAACGGUGGUGACUAAGAGAUAUGUGAAAAAAAUGACACUUAUCCAGAGCUGGGGUCCAGGGUUGAAAUGAUCACAGAAUAAGGAUUCUGGGCAAGGUGUUUGCAUUCCGGAUCGCUGGAGGACUCUUCACCAAUUGUCUCAGUCCUAUUUAUAGUAAGCUGAUUGUUCCAAUCCAUCUAUUCCUGAGGUGGCCCUACAAGCUUGGGGGUUAUAUGGGUCCCUGAUGAUCAGUAAAGAAUGUAAGCACUGAUAUUUGUAGAAGGCAAGAAUUAAAAGAGAAAGACAUGACCAUUACCCAUGAGAAACUGAAAAGAGGAAAAAUAAUUAGAGAAAAAAGUCUAUUUGAUGAAUAUGUAUGGGUAAGGCAUAUUUGGCUUUCUUGGUUCAGAAAUGAGGACACUGUUUGGGUCUGAGGUGAAGGGACUUGUAUUUUGGAGAAUUAAACAGAUAGGAUAGAAGCUAUUAUCCCCACUCCUAACUAUUCUGUUAUUAAAGCUAUGAAUUCUCCAUA